AUGGAUGUGCAAGAGCAGACAGCUAGUCUUCAAUCACCACUAAUUCCAAUAGCUGAAGAAAAUGGUGUAAAAUUUACAAAGAAAAUCAACAAAGAUGAGAUUGUAGAGGAGGCGAAGAAGCAGCUGUGGUUAGCAGGGCCACUUGUGUCCGUUAAUCUGCUGGUGAAUUGCUUACAGGUGAUUUCAGUUAUGUGUGUGGGUCAUCUAGGAGAGCUAGCACUUUCUGGUGCUGCCAUGGCCACUUCCUUUGCAACAGUCACUGGUUACAGCUUUUUGAUUGGAAUGGGAAGUGCAUUAGACACAUACUGUGGUCAGGCCUAUGGUGCAAAACAGUAUCGAAUGCUCGGUAUACAUGCGCAGAGAGCCAUGAUUGUUCUUCUACUGUCCUGCAUUCCCAUUACACUUAUAUGGGCCAAAGCUCGUCACAUUCUUGUAUUCUUGAGACAAGAUCCAGAAAUUUCAGCUGCAGCUGGACUUUAUGCUCGCUUCCUGAUACCCUGCAUUUUUGGUUAUGCGAUCGUUCAAUGUCAUGUCAGAUUCUUACAAGCCCAAAAUAAUGUACUUCCUAUGAUGGUUAGCUCAGGCAUUUCAACAUUAUCACACUUAUUCACUUGUUGGAUUCUUGUAUUUAAGUGCGGCCUUGGAAGUAAAGGUGCUGCUUUGGCGAAUGGCAUCUCUUAUUGGAUCAAUGCAUUGUUAUUGAUGGCUUAUGUUCAAACAUCUCCUUCGUGUAAGAACACAUGGGGUGGAUUUUCAAAGGAGGCCUUUUAUGGAAUCUAUCAGUUUCUAAAAAUAUCAAUUCCCUCAACUAUAAUGAAUACCUUGGAAAUCUGGUCUUUUGAAAUGAUGGUUCUUUUAUCUGGCCUUCUCCCUAAUCCAAAGCUUGAAACAUCAGUGAUGUCAAUCAGCUUUAACACAUGUGCAUUGGCUUAUAUGUUACCCCUGGGGCUGGGUAGUACAACAAGCAUAAGAGUUUCAAAUGAGUUGGGUUCUGGGAGACCACAAACAGCUCGCCUAGCGGUUCGUGUUGCUCUAUCCAUGGUUGCUAUAGAGGGCAUUCUGGUUGGAACGGCCUUAAUAUUGGGUCGUAAUGUUUGGGGUUACAGUUACAGCAAGGAAGAAGAAGUUGUAAGAUAUCUGAGAGAAAUGUUACUCUUGGUCGCAAUAUCCCACGUUUUCGAUGGUCUUCAAUCUGUGCUAUCAGGCGCUGCUAGAGGAUGUGGAUGGCAAAAGAUUGGGGCAUUGGUUAAUCUAGGAGCUUAUUAUCUUAUAGGCAUUCCCAUAGCUAUAACGUUAGCUUUUGUCUACCAUACUGGUGUGAAGGGACUCUUGAUGGGAAUCAUAAUGGCACUGUUCAUGCAAGCACUACUCCUUUGGAUAGUUACUCUAUGCAGUGAUUGGGAGAAAGAGGUGAAGAAAGCAGCUGAUAGAGUUCAUAUCAGUCCUGAAGAUGUAUUACAACAAGAGUGA